CACAAAUCAUCUGUCUUUUUCUCUUUCAAACUAGAAAACAAACAAACAACAGCAUUCCGAAAUUCAAUCAAACAAUGAUUAUAUUAAGACGAAUUGCAGAUUGUCAUUCCAAGAUGGUAGGCUACAAAGGAGGGGGAGGAGGCGGGGCUUCGAACCAGAGCCAUCAGCGCAAGAACCACGAGGAUAGUGCCAUUCUGAUGAAUGUAAGAGAGAACGACAGGCUACAGCAACACAUUAACUUCCUCAAACACACGCAGAAAGCCGAUCUCAGAAGGAAAGAGCUGGACCAGAAGUUGAUCUGGCAAAAGUAUGGCUACCUGUUCAAAGUGCCGGCUCACACAGACUCACAUCUGAGAAGAAGCGCGAUCGACCGAUUCAGGAACAGUGACGAGAAAAGACAAUACUCCAAAGACACACAGAUCUACUCCAACCUGGUUUCCUCCAACAAAUCUCUGUUCGACUCAUUGCACAGUAUCAACUCGUGUUCCGACUCGCUCGGAGCAGACGACUCCACGCUGCAGAGAUCUCUACAACCAGCAGGGAAGAAAUCUCUAGUGGCACCCGACGAGCGCAGCUGCUAUUCGUGUCAUGACACUAUUUGGGAGAAGGUAUUGGUGGGCAGUGCUAAACACAGACACUACGCUAUGCUACAGAAAAAACGUCAGGAGGCCAUGCUGGAAAACCUCAAAUACAAACAAGCCCAACUGCAGCGUGAACAGGUGGAUUAUUUCAAGCGAGUGGUACAUUUAGUGCCAGGGGGAGACACGAGCACGAAGAGCAAGUCCAAAAUAAAUUCAGUCGCUGACAUCCUCUUCCUCAUCAAACAUAAUAUGACCGGGGAACUAGGGAGUUUCGGCGGAGGUAGAGGCUUCCUGGGGGCCAUGGGCGGGGCCUCCCAGCAACGCGGCGGGAAGAACAGAUGGAAAAAAGCAGUCAAGACAAUCAAAGUUGAUUCCUAUAACAUCGACAAAAAGGACAUCAUAGAUCUUCUUCGAUCGUAAAUUACUGUUGUGCUGCAAUAUCAACAGUUUUAACUUGAAGUCGAUUAUCGGUCACAAAAAUGAAAUAUGAGUCGCAAAAUGGAAAGAGAUGAUCAUGUGUAUAUCAUCAUCAGUUGAUCAAAUCAGAAAAUUGAGGAUUUUAUUGAAGAUGAAGCGAAAAUAAAUUGAGAGUUUUAUUAAAUUUUCU